GAGAGAAGAAAAGCACACGGCUACCGCUUACCAGUACCAGUACCAGUACCACACCAAGGCAACCCGCGCCCCUCCCUGAAAUCAAUCUCAGCUCAACCAACUUCUCUGUUAUCUGUUAUUUACUGUUGCUUCAUUCUGCAAACUUGCUUGUCUUAUCUGAUAUUCAUUGUUGGAUCAAUCAGACUAUGGGAUGGGAUGACAACAAAUAAUUUGGCAGUGACCCAUUUGCAGUUUUUAUUUACCAGGCUUCAUUAUUUGGCUAGGCAUUGUAGAAGAAACCUUUCUACUCUUGCUCUAGUUCACACUCAGAACCAGAACCAGUUCAAUACAUGUACAAAACAAAAAGGUGGCUUCUAUUGCCCUCUCAAAGACCACCCUAACCCCCAACUUUCAUGCUUUCCUCAAAAGGGUUUCUCACAAAUCACUCAACAAAUUCUUGGCAAAGCAUUGCAUGCCUUUUGUGUCAAAGGUGUUAUUCAACUUUCUACAUUCGAUGCAAACACCUUGGUUACCAUGUACUCUAAGCUUGGUAACAUUCAAUAUGCACAUCACGUAUUCGAUAAAAUGCAAAACAGAAAUGAAGCUUCUUGGAAUAACAUGAUGUCGGGCUUUGUUCGAGUUCGUUGCUACCAUGAAGCAAUGCAAUUCUUCUGCUACAUGUGUCAAUAUGGUGUCAAGCCUACCGGUUAUGUUGUUUCUAGUUUGGUGUCUGCCUUUGCUAGAUCAGGGUACAUUACUGAAGAGGCACUUCAGAUUCAUGGCUAUGUUGUCAAAUGCGGUUUGAUGUCUGAUGUGUUCGUUGCUACUUCUCUGCUGCACUUUUACGGUACUUAUGGUGACGUUUCUGAGGCUAACAAACUCUUUGAAGAGAUUGAUGAACCGAAUAUAGUCUCGUGGACAACUUUGAUGGUUGGCUAUGCAGAUAAAGGGCAUCUAAAAGAAGUUAUAGAUACUUACCAGCAUUUGAGACGCAGUGGGUUACAUUGUAAUCAAAAUACAAUGGCUACAGUUAUUAGAACCUGUGGAAUGCUCGCGGAUAAAACCUUGGGCUAUCAGAUACUGGGAAAUGUAAUCAAAUCUGGAUUAGAAACUAGUGUAUCUGUGGCAAACUCCCUUAUAUCCAUGUUUGGUAAUUGCGAUGAUGUAGAGGAGGCGUCUUGUGUGUUUGAUAACAUGAAGGAACGUGACACUAUUUCAUGGAAUUCAAUCAUUACUGCAAGUGUACAUAAUGGGCAUUUUGAAGAAUCUCUAGGGCACUUUUUUCGGAUGCGUCAUACUCACACAGAAACAAAUUAUAUUACCAUGUCAACCUUGUUAUCUGCAUGUGGCUCUGCACAAAAUUUGAGGUGGGGAAGAGGACUUCACGGUCUAAUAGUAAAAUCUGGACUAGAAUCAAAUGUUUGUGUAUGCAAUAGUCUUUUGAGUAUGUAUUCUCAGGGUGGAAAAUCUGAGGAUGCAGAGUUUGUAUUUCAUGCAAUGCCAGAGAAAGAUUUAAUUUCAUGGAAUUCCAUGAUGGCAGGCUACGUUGAGGAUGGAAAGCAUCAGCGUGCCAUGCGACUUUUAAUUGAGAUGCUCCAAACAAAAAGGGCAAUGAACUACGUUACUUUCACCACUGCAUUAUCUGCCUGUUACAGUUUAGAAAAAGUAAAGAAUGCUCACGCCUAUGUUAUUCUUUUUGGGCUACAUCACAAUUCGAUCAUAGGUAACACAUUGGUGACCAUGUAUGGGAAGUUUGGCUCGAUGGCUGAAGCACGUCGGGUAUGCAAAAUUAUGCCUAAGAGAGAUGUGGUAACUUGGAAUGCAUUGAUUGGUAGCCAUGCUGAUAACGAAGAACCAAAUGCAGCAAUUGAAGCUUUCAAUUUAUUGAGAGAAGAAGGUAUGCCUGUAAACUACAUCACCAUUCUUAAUCUUCUCAGUGCUUGUUUGUCUCCCAACUAUCUUUUAGGACAUGGAAUGCCGAUCCAUGCACACAUAGUUGUGGCAGGCUUUGAGUUAGAUACACAUAUCCAAAGCUCCCUAAUUACAAUGUAUUCCCAAUGCGGUGAUCUUAAUUCUAGUUACUACAUUUUUGAUGUAUUAACUAAUAAGAAUUCUAGCACUUGGAAUGCCAUUCUUUCAGCACAUUGUCAUUUUGGGCCUGGUGAGGAGGCACUAAAACUUAUUGCAAAUAUGCGAAAUGAUGGUGUUCAGUUAGACCAGUUUAGCUUCUCUGCAGCUCUUGCUGUUAUCGGUAACUUGACGGUACUGGAUGAAGGUCAGCAGCUUCAUAGCUUGAUUAUUAAACUUGGGCUUGAGUCAAAUGAUUAUGUUCUAAAUGCUACAAUGGAUAUGUAUGGAAAAUGUGGGGAAAUUGAUGAUGUCUUUAGAAUCCUUCCCCCACCAAGAAGCAGGUCACAGAGGUCUUGGAACAUUAUAAUAUCAGCAUUAGCCAGACAUGGGCUUUUCCACCAGGCUAGGAAGGCCUUUCAUGAGAUGCUUGAUCUGGGACUGAGACCUGAUCAUGUCACUUUUGUUUCUCUUCUGUCUGCAUGCAGCCAUGGGGGGUUGGUGGAUGAGGGUCUUGCAUACUUCUCUUCAAUGACUACUGAAUUUGGUGUCCCCGUUGGAAUAGAGCAUUGUGUAUGCAUAAUUGAUCUUCUUGGGCGUUCUGGAAGGCUUGCGGAGGCUGAAACUUUUAUUAACAAGAUGCCGAUUCCACCAAAUGACCUCGUGUGGCGUAGCCUGUUAGCUGCGUGUAAAACUCAUGGUGAUUUGGACCGUGGAAGGAAAGCAGCUAACCGUCUUUUUGAGCUGGACUCAUCCGAUGAUUCAGCAUAUGUUCUUUACUCCAAUGUCUGUGCAUCUACCAGAAGGUGGGGAGAUGUAGAGAAUGUGAGAAAGCAAAUGGAAACACAAAACAUUAAGAAGAAACCUGCCUGUAGUUGGAUCAAGUUGAAAAACAAGGUUACUUCUUUCGGAAUGGGAGACCAUUUUCAUCCACAAGUAGCACAAAUCGAUGCAAAGUUGGAGGAGCUCAAGAAGAUGAUUAGAGAGGCAGGCUAUGUGCCUGACACAAGCUAUGUUUUGCAAGAUACAGAUGAAGAACAAAAGGAGCAUAAUCUUUGGAAUCAUAGUGAGAGAAUUGCACUUGCAUUUGGGUUGAUCAAUAGUCCAGAAGGCUCACCUAUUAGAAUUUUCAAGAAUAUCCGUGUUUGUGGUGAUUGCCACUCUGUUUUCAAGCUAGUUAGUGAAAUUAUUGGUAGGAAAAUCACAUUACGAGAUGCAUAUAGGUUUCACCAUUUUAAUGAUGGCAAGUGCUCUUGUUCAGACUAUUGGUAGUGGAUUGGAUUUUGUUAGAUCAUGUAGUAGUUAAAAAAUGAUGUUUUAGGAUUUUUAGAGUGACCAAAUUUUUCUGGAAGGUUUAAUUUCUUCAAUGAUGGAAAAGAAAAAGAUAAAUUUUAAGGUUUACA